CUCCAGAGUCCCUCACUUUUCUUAAAAGCGGAGAUUCCCUGAUUCAAUGGAUUAGAAAAAGUAUUCUAGUUUUCUAGAACAACCCCAUAUCAUACUCCAACAUGUCUUCUUCUCAACCCGUCGCGCUCGUCAUCGGCGCCUCGAGAGGCAUCGGCCGCCAGAUCGCUAUUGAUUUGGCCCGGUCUGGCUACAAGGUAAUCGUCGCCGCAAAAACAACCUCAGACGCCUACGCCCCGGGGAAGCCUUUCCCCCCAGACCCCAAUUCCCCGCACUCAACCAUCAACACCGUCGCACGCGAAAUCGUCGAAGCCGGCGGAGAGGCAUAUGCCCUCUCCGUUGACGUGCGCCAUGUUGGAGAGGUCGAGCGUCUGGUUAUAGAAACGGCACGUCUGUCCGGCGGCCGCCUGGACGUCCUCGUGUACAACUCCGGUGCGAUCUGGUGGUCGUCUGUGGCCAAGACGCCUACGAAGCGGUUCCAAUUAAUGCAGCGCGUCAACCCGGAGGGUUUGUAUGCGGCUGUGCAGGCCGUGCUGCCUGUGUUUGAGCGGAACGGGCGGCGCGGGCGCAUCGUUGUUGUGUCGCCGCCGAUCUAUUCGCGGUUUUUCCGGGGAAAGACGGCUUAUGCUAUGGGUAAGGUGGGUAUGAGCGUUCUGACGCGCGGUCUGGCGAUGGAUUUUGAGCGCCAGGAUGCGAGGAGUAUGGCUAUUACUAGUAUUUGGCCGGCUGUGUCCAUUGAAUCUGCCGCGACGGAAAUGACCACCGCGAAUAACGAGUCUAUGAAACGGGAUCUCCGAAAACCUACUAUCUUCUCUGAUGCCAUCUUGGCUAUCCUCGAUUCUCCCGCGCAGAAGGUCAAUGGACUUUUGACGCUCGACGAGGACUUCCUACGUCAGCAUCGUGGCGUGACAGACUUCUCGAGAUACUCGGUUGUGCCUGGGUCGAGCCCGCGACGAAUCAUGCCACAGGAGCUUCCGUCUCUGGAGGUGGCAGAGCAGGAUGAUGAAGGGAAUAGAAUGGAUAGCGUGAAAAUGAGGAAGGCGAAAUUGUAGAUAGGGAUUAUUAUCUCAUUAGUAGUGACAUUUGAAGCAUGCAUAUUUACG